CUCCACUUUAUUUUUGCACUUUCCUCUUUUCACUUUUUUCUUACAUAUCUUCUCCUCUUCCUUUUUCAUUUAUUCCAAGCCUUCAUUCAUUUUUUUUUUCUUUUUUUCUUUUCCUCCCUCAACAUCAUCUCUAGACAAUUUUGAACCGUCCUGCUACUGAAUUAUCAUCAUUUAACAUUUUUAUCAACCUUUUCCUAUUUUCUGUCCUCCGUCCAUUUACGCCCUUGUUUUUAAACAGUUUUGAAAUCACAAUGGGAAGUGGAACAACAACACCAAAUGGUCCAUCUAGACGUGGUUCGAUUGAAAGAGAAAGAGAGGUUGAGAAAGAGCCAACCAACCUAAAGAUUUAUUGUAUUGUUGAUGGAGAAGCAGCGCCUUUUUCUGUAAACAUUCUUUCCAAUCGUUCAGUUGAUGAACUCAAGCAAGCCAUCAUGGCAGAGAACCCUAACACUUUCAAGUUUGUUGAUGCAAAGGACCUUACUCUCAAGCUCAUCCCCGGCGGCACAACGAAGAAAGGAUUGGAAACAUUAUCGCAAGAAUUGCUUGUAGCGCUCGAUGAACUUGAAGAACUCAGCACUUAUUUUCCAAAAGGUGCAGCAAAAGGUCGCAUUCACAUCAUUGUCAAGCUGCCGCCGCCAGACAUCGGGACAGAUUCUCAAGAGAAAAAUGGACGAAGAUCCACAGUAUAUUUCACCUUCAAAGAAGAUACGCAUUGAGGAAGGGUGGAGAGAAUACAGGGCUUCUGAUGGCAAAAUGGUCACGUUACCACCCUCUUGGAUCGCAAUGCUAGA